AGCUCUGGAGCGGCAGCCACAGGCGGGAGCAUGGCCACGCCGCGCCGGUUGCGAGAGACGCCGCUGCACUUCCUGUCCUGCGAGAUGUCGAGUUUCCACAACCCAAGGGCCGGCUACCGGCAUCUCGUGGAGACGCACUAUUAUAAUUACAAGGUUUCGAUUCUCAUUCCGGAAUGUGCCAUGCUGCCAAAGGAACUGAAGAGCGUGGUCACGGAGCUCGGGCCCUAUUAUCUUGUGAAGAAUUUACCUCUGCAUGAAUUCAUCAAGCCUGAAUUCAUGAACAGCUUUGUGAAGAAAGGUUCGUGCUAUGCACUAACAUACAACACAAACAUUGACGAAGAUAAUACCGUUGCCUUGCUACCAAAUGGGAAAUUAAUUUUAUCCCUGGAUAAAGACACUUAUGAAGAAAUUGGACUUCAGGGUCAUCCAUCUAAGUAUUUUGGCAGAAAAAGCAUGAAAUUUGUUGUUUCCAUUGAUUUGAUGGAGUUAUCCUUUAACCUGUAUUCUAAGAAGUAUAAGAGAAUAUCUUGGUCCUUCAAAGAAAAGAAGCCCCUGAAGUUCAAUUUUCUUUUCGCUUGGCACAAUACAGGUGCUGCAGAAUCGUCCCUGAUGUCGUACUUUUCCAACUACCACAUCCAGGAGCAUCAGCCCAAAGUCGCCGGCAGCAGCCUGGGGGAGCUGCCCUGCCCCGUGCUGCAGAGCGACUACAUUGCGGGCCUGCCGGGGGUGCUCUGCGGGGCGCCGGAGCUCUUUGAGUGGCUCGGCGCCGUCUGCAGCGACGUGGACCAAAAUAAUGAACCCCACAAUUUCAUAUCCACCUACUGCUGUCCUCAGCCCAACACGGCAUUGGCAAAAGCGUAUCUGUGCACCAUCACCGGUUUCCUGCUUCCCGAGAAGAUCUGUCUGCUGCUGGAGCGGCUGCGCCACUACUUCGAUGAGCCGAAGUUAGCUCCGUGGCUAACACUGGCGGUCCACGGCUUCGCAGACAGCCCUGUUUCAUGGAGAGAAAAAGAACACGGUUUUCACAACGGAGGCGAACAUUUGUAUGGCUUCGUGAUUUUUAACAAUCAGGACUAUUGGCUUCAGAUGGCUGUUGGUGCCCAUGACAACUGUUCAAUGUGAAAAAUGCAAACAGCAGAACUAUUUGUGGGGCCAGUGUUGUGGUACAGUGGGUCAAAGCUGCUGCUUGGAGUACUGGCAUCCCAUAUCCACACUGGUUCGAGCCCUGGCUGCUCUGCUUCUGAUCCAGCUCCCUGCUAAUGCUCCUGGGAAAGCAGUGGAAGAUGGUCUACACCGAUGUGGGAGACGUGGAUGGAGUUCCUGACUCCUGGCUUCAGCCUGGCCCUAGUCCUGGAUGUUGUGGCCAUUUGACGAGUGAACCAGCAGAUGGACGAUCAAUCUCUCUGUAUCUCCAUCACUCUGCUUUUCGAAUAAAUACAUAAAUCUUUUAAAAAA